AGAAGUAGGUAGUGCACAGUACUCCUGGCCGCUAUCGGCAAGGACAGAAUCAGCUGGCUGGGUGUCCAGGGCUGCAGUGACAUUUGGAGCUAAGGCUAGAGGAGCAGCAGCCAAAUCCUCCCUCCUCUCCCCUUGGAGUCUCAGGCUCUUCCCUUUCUGCUUAGGCAACACCAGCAACAGCAGAAACAGGCACACAUCACAACUGACGCUGUGCUCUCCCCCUGUUCCUGUCAAAGCUGUUCCUCUAGUAUCUUGUGAUGGCUGCUGAUGUUUACAAACAGAAAAAUGAAGAUGUGCCCAAUGGAUCAUUAGUCCCACCAGACAGACAACAUGCAGAGAGAUCAGAAAGUCCUACACCAGGAUUGGCUCAGGGAACAGAGCCAGGAGCAGGCCAGGAGGGAGCCAUGUUUGUUCAUGCCAAAUCCUAUGAGGACCUGACUGGCGCAGAUAAUCAGGAUGUCAUUCCCCGGAGCCCAUAUCAGACUGAAGGGGCUCAAGAUGAGCUGACAAAGAUGGAAGAGAUUAGCAAGGAUUUCAGUGAGUUAAGCACACAACUCACUGGUAUAGCACUGGAUCUGGAAGAAGAGAUAAGGCAGAAUGAAGAGGAUAAGCUGGACCUCUCACCACAGGCCUCACGCCGAGAUUCAGUCCUGUCUGGAGAGGAGGAGGAAGAUGUAACCAUGGAGGCCUGGCGAAUGCACCAGAAGCACGUGUUUGUUCUAAGCGAGGCAGGGAAGCCAGUGUACUCCCGCUAUGGGUCUGAGGAGGCCCUAUCCAGCACCAUGGGAGUGAUGAUGGCUCUAGUGUCCUUCUUAGAAGCAGAGAAGAAUGCUAUCAGGUCUAUUCAUGCAGAUGGCUAUAAGGUGGUGUUUGUGCGCAGAAGUCCGCUGGUGCUGGUCGCUGUGGCUAAAACAAGACAAUCCGAGCAAGAAAUUGCUCAGGAGCUCCUUUAUAUUUACUACCAGAUUGUCAGUCUUCUGACAUGGACCCAGCUCAACCGCAUCUUCCAACAGAAGCAGAACUAUGAUCUCAGGAGACUGCUGGCAGGCUCAGAGCGAAUCACAAACAACUUGAUAGACCUAAUGGCCAGGGACCCCAGCUUUCUGAUGGGAGCUGCCCGUUGCUUACCUAUGCCUGCGGGAAUCAGGGAUGCAGUGAGUUCUUGCCUCCAGCAAGCCAAAGCCAAGAGUCUAGUGUUUGCCAUCCUGCUGUCCAAGAACCAGCUGGUGUCUCUAGUGAGAAAAAAGGAUCAAUUCCUACACCCAAUUGACCUCCACUUACUCUUUAACCUCAUCAGCUCCUCCUCUUCUUUUAGAGAAGGAGAGGCCUGGACACCCAUCUGCCUGCCCAAGUUCAAUUCCAGUGGUUUCUUCCAUGCCCACAUUUCAUACUUGGAACAAAACACAGACUUGUGCUUGGUCCUGAUCUCCACAGACCGUGAGGACUUUUUUACCGUGUCAGACUGUAAGCGCAAAUUCCAAGAGCAUCUGAAAAAGCGUGGUGUUUAUCAUGCUCUCUUGGAGGCACUGCACACACCUUUCUACAGUGCUUCCCAAGUAGGAAUCCCAGAACUCCGGCACUUCAUCUACAAAUCCAAGAGCUCAGGGCUCUUCACCAGCCCAGAGAUUGAUGUUCCCUAUAUUACUGAGGAGGAAAAGGAGAGACUUCUGGGACUAUAUCAGUAUUUACACAGCCGGGCCCAUAAUUCCUCCCGUCCUCUGCAUAACAUCUAUUACACUGGAUCAAAUGAAAAUCUCCUUGCUUGGGUGACAAGUGCAUUUGAGCUCUAUGUAUGCUUCAGCCCCCUGGGAACCAAAGCAACAGCUCUCACUGCUGUCAAUAAACUUAUGAAAUGGAUCCGCAAGGAAGAGGACCAGCUCUUUAUAUUAUCACCACAGACUUACUGACCACUUGACUUGUCCUCUCCAAUUCAAAUUUAUGGAGCUCCUUCGCAGCGCUAGUGAAGUCGCAAAAGAAUGUCUUCGCACCUCUGGCAGGACCAAAUAAAAGGAUGGGAACAUGACAUACUCAGGGGCUCUAAUGUGCCUCCUUAGUCUCAACUUGUUGGAAUGAAAAAGCACUCCACCUCCACCUCUCAGGACUGUUGAGGGCAGUUUUUGACAUGUUAUUCAGGAUUGUGGAAGUGAAUGGCUCAUUUCAUUCUCAUUUCCUUCUUCCAAAACUGUAAUGACCCCCAUGUGCCUUAGAAGCAUGAGAGGCCUUUUCAGUUAAACUUUUGUUAAAAGAAAAGAAAGCAGCCAUGAGAUCUACAGAGUACUGCUGCCUCAAGUCCAGGGGUGAGGAUUGUAUAUGCAAAACAUGGGAAAUUCUUCUGUAUUUCUCUCUCUUUUUCCAAGUAGAUUACCCCCACAGCCAUGAAUAAAGAAGAGAAGUAGUGGGGAUGGGAGAACCUUCUGCCCACA